CCACAUCCUCGCUUGGUCCGUCCACUCGCGCCGUAUUUAUUCCGCUCUAUACGACACAACUCCUAAACGACAACUCAGCGCUUCCAAUCUUCAACUACUCCUCCGGUCGCGAUGUUCUCGACUCCGGCAGCAACUCCGUCAGGAAGCCGUACCCUGGCCAAUACCGCGCUUAAAGGCGCCGGCCUCAUCGACCGCGACGAGCGAAUGCGCGAUGUCAGCGACAAGCCAGGCGGGCGCAAGGGCAUAUCCAAGAUCCGUUCGCACCGCCCUCGCCCCAUCGACGCCUUCAAGGACCAGCCGGGACCGAGUAGAUCUGCCAUGCUCGCCGCACGAGGCGGUGGCCCAGCGGCGGCCGCUGAAGGCCUGUCGAUCCGCGGAGCCUCGAGGUCGUCGACGACGGCGGUGGGGCGUCUUCGCAGGAACGCUACGUCCGCUGGGUCGUCCGCUCCCGGCGGCCCAUCACCUCUCCCAGCGUUGAGGGUGCGGCGAGAUAUGAUGGCGUUUAAGGCGGUGGAUGUGUGGAGAGAGUUCGUGAAUAAGCGGUGGAAUGCGGAGGCGAGAUUUUUGAAUCUGGAGAGUAUGUUGGAUGACCCAACGAUUGCGAAACAUAAUCUACUUCCACCCGGAGCACCGGGAUCGUCGGCUCGCGAGGCGUCCGUUAUCUUCAAGCUUGCGUCGCAGUUGAAACCACCAGUGCAGACGAUAUCACUCGCAAACAACAACAUCUCAUCAGGCCAACUUCUGUCCACCCUUGCGCACUACUUACCCAACAUUGCCAACGUGUCGCUCCAGAACAACAACCUUAAAGUUUGGCGCGAUAUUGAUUAUAUCUCCGGGCGCAAGGGGAAGCUCGAGCAGCUGAGAGAAUUGAUCCUACUCGGUAACCCGCUCAGAGAGCUGGAAUUUCAGAAUGGAAGAGGCGAAAAAUACAGAAGUGAUAUGUCACGCCGAUUCCCAUCUCUCGUUAUGCUCGACCAAGAGCCGAUCGCAGUUAUCGCAUUCGAUGCGCCCGGUCCCGCGAACACUUCAACAUCGGUGUCGAAAAAGCCCACCGCCAAGACAUUCCCACACGACAUGGGUCCAUCGUUCAUCACUGGUGUGGAAGAUUCUAUCGUUAGCAACUUUCUCAUGCGAUUCUUCACCAUGUUCGACGAUACUCGCGCAACCCUCAUCGAUGCAUAUCACCCAUCCGCCACGUUCUCGUUCGCCGUGAACACUGCCAUACCCAGUCGAGCGCGUGUGCAAGGGUUCCACAAAGAAAUGCCGAACCAGAGAAAGUUGGAAUGGAGUACUUGGUUGGCGGGAUCUCGCAAUCUGAGCCGAAUGGGAGGAGGCGUGGGCAAGCUCGUCAAGAGUCUGCACCUCGGAAGUGAAGAGAUUAUAAGAACGUUGUCGGAUUUGCCAAAGACGAAGCACGAAGUGACGGGCGCCCCGGAAAAGUUUUGUGUCGACGCCUGGCCCGUCGGCCAGGGGGAGCACCUCAAGCUCUUCAUCUCUGUCCACGGACAAUUUGCCGAAGACCCUUCCCAAGGCAUUCGGUCCUUUGACCGGUCUUUCGUUCUCGCGCCUGCUGUGCCUGGUUCUCGGUACGUUCUUUCUGUCGUCGAAUUCAAGUCGAAUUACUUAUUACCAAACGGGAUUAAUAGUGCGAAGCUGAAUGGCUGGGAUGUGGUCAUUCUUUCGGACCAAUGGAUAAUACGCAACUACUCAAGUCAUGAGGCGUGGCAACCUGGUCCUUUAUCCGUGCAGGGCGACGCCAAAGGAACCAGGGAUACUGGUGCCCAGCCAAGCGCGGCCCCUCCUGCCCAUGUCGCCGAGGCACUCUCGAAUUUUACUGAACACCAGCGCAACCUUAUCUGGCAGAUGUGCCAACGGAGCGGCCUGAAUAUCAAGUACGCUUUCGACUGCCUGGAAAACAACGCCUGGGACCUGGAGCGCGCCGUUGCGAAUUUUGAGCAGGUGAAGGCCGCGCUGCCCCAAGAUGCGUACAUGAAGAUAUGAGCCAAAUCAAGGCAGCCCUACCUCCCGCACGGUCCGUGCUUCCACAUGCGAACGACGGCCGCCAUAGCGGCGGAUGUCGGUGGGCGGGUGAUCAGGGAUGGCCAGGGGUGACCAUUCGGCGCACAUCUUUCAGUGAUGACGAGGACAACAUGGACAAGAAUUUUCCUUUUUUGGUUUACACCGCUCCCUUACACCUUCCCGUUACGACAAAACCCAAUCAGCAUGCAAAUGUAACAACCUACCAUAUAAUUUCGCUUCCCGUCGCACACAUGAUACAGUUCUAUUGUUAUUGAUACACACAUCAGCUGUUUUACGAAUCAC